AUGUCUCUUAAGUACAUCGAAGCCAGAGCAGAGCUCGAAUCCCACAUCGAAGCCCACAUCCUCCACUCCGAACCAGCACACACACACGCCUACGAAAACAGUAUCAAGAAGGACCUUCCCAUAAUAGCCGUUUCUCCAGUCCAGGGAAAAUUCACCUCGUUACUCGUUGCCCUCCGCGGUGCACGUAAUGUCCUUGAAAUCGGUACAUUGGGCGGAUACUCCGGUAUCUGGCUUGCUCGAGGACUACAAGGAAAAGGCAAACUCACAAGCAUUGAAGUUGAUCCCCAUCAUCGUGAUGUUGCGAUUGAGAAUCUUCACUAUGCAGGUUUGAAAGUCCCCGGAGAUGUCGAGGUCCUUCUUGGUGCUGGACUUGAUAUUCUCCCGAAACUGGAGGAAGAGAUCGUGCAGGGUAAACGGGAGAAGUUCGAUUUUGUUUUCAUUGAUGCGGACUGGAAGAAUCAGUGGAAUUACUUUGACUGGGCGGUUAAAUUGUCGAAGGGUCCUGGGUCUGCUAUUUAUGUUGAUAAUGCCGUGAAACAAAUUUUGGAGAGUGGGAUUGUCGGAGAUCAAGAACGUGUGGAUGAUGCGACGGAUUUGGUUGCUAAGGUCGGUGCUGAUUCUCGUGUUGAGGCUACUAUGUUGCAGACUGUUGGUGCAAAGAGCUAUGAUGGAUUCUUGCUCGCUGUGGUGAAAUAG